AUGGGUAGUUCUGGAGAAUCGAACAUCAAUGGAAUAAAUGCUUCUGUUGGUGGUUUGGUUUGGGUCCGACGCAGAAACGGGUCUUGGUGGCCAGGUCGGAUAAUGAGUCUUGAUGAAUUGUCUGAGGGUUGUUUGGUUUCUCCGAGAUCGGGUACUCCGGUUAAGCUCUUAGGUCGUGAUGAUGCUAGUGUGGAUUGGUAUAAUCUUGAAAAAUCAAAGCGAGUAAAAGCUUUUCGUUGUGGUGAGUACGAUGAAUGCAUUGAGAAGGCAAAGGCUUCUGCUGCUGGUUUAGGCAGAAAGGCAGUGAAGUAUGCUCGCAGAGAAGAUGCUAUUCUGCAUGCUCUUGAGCUAGAGAGUGCUCACCUGGAUAAGGUACCUUUACCGCUAUGCUCCGGAUCAGAUAAAUCUGGUAGUGGACAUGGUGAAUCAGCUGAAGAAUUACCCGUGAUCUCUAAUUCUGGUAAUGGCAAUGAGGACGUGAUUGAUGAUUUGAGCGACUCUGAAGACAAUUCUAAUUCAGCUCCAGAAUUGUCACAAUCUGGUAUAUCGUUUGAAGAACCUAAUCAUAAUGGUUCUUUAAAGAUUCAAUCUAUGCAGGGAAGGAGAAGAAGAACACCUAAUGAUUCAGAAGACGAUGGAACUGAAGGAGUGAAGCGAAUGAGAGGGCUCGAGGAUCUUGGUAUCGGCAUAGUGUCAAAGAGAAAGGUCCAGGGUUCAGUUCCAACUGAUAUAGCUCAGCAUGUUAGUGCUUCCUUUAACAAUUCAAUCACAGGGAACGGCUUGGCCAAUGGAACUUCUGUAAAUGGUGGUAAGGGUUAUUCUUCUCUGAAAAGGAAGAGAUCACAAGUUUCAAAUGUUCACGAAUUCUUGAAAAGAAAGAAUCGACGCCGGCCUUUGACUAAGGUUUUAGAAAGUACUGCAAUGCUAUCAAUUCCUGUAACUUGUGAACAGUUUCCUAGUUCAAGCAAUUCUCCACUACACGGGAUAACUAACGGGAAGGUUUCAGGAUUUGAUUCUACCUAUUCAAAGAAAAGUUCUGCAAUGGAAAUUCACAAUGCAGAUAGUGCUGCUGAGGCUGCUUGUGAGAAUGGGACUUCAUUUAUUAUUCAUGACCAUGGUAGUGAUUUUUCCAACGCUGAUCUCAAGGAAAAAGAGAACGAGACUUCUGAAGUACCAGCGCUAGCUGGCAAGGAUUCUGCUGUCGCAUUAUUUGAUGUACCAUUUGUUGGGGUUCUAGAGGAGGAGAAACCCACUCCAGGUUUGUCACCCACACUUGUUUCUUGCUCACAUGGCAUGCCUGAAGUAAAUGCAUUGGAGCAGCAAUCUUGUCAAGCUAGUGAAUCUGAAACUUUUCCAUUGAGAAAUGGUUGCAAGAAUGAAUCUGGUUCUACGAGUUCAGCUGCUGGUCACGAUAUUGUCGGCGAUAGAGCAGACAAAGAUAGUUCAAAGUGGCAGUCUAAAGGAAAGAGGAACUUAAGACAUACAAGUAAAAACAGAAAACAAGUCUCUAGAAAUUACGCGGGCAUGGAUGGCGAAUCCGGUGCUUAUUUAACCGGAACGGGGAACUCAGAUGGAUUCUGUCAAGGUGCCGGUCAGAAACAGAAAGUUGAUUGGAAUGGCACAGGUGUAUCCAAUGCUUCAUACAACUGUAAUUCUCAAAUCAAGUCCAAGCCUAUUGCUGAAGGUCAAGAAGCAGAAGGGUUUCGGGACCUGAGCAAGCAUAUCAGGGGUACAGCAGCAGAAGCGAAGCAGUUGCCAAACGGAUCUCUUGCACCUCAGAGAUCACUUCCUUAUCGCCAGUCGCGCUUUACCAUUAACUCGAGAUAUGAAAUGGCAGAUUUUCCUGGAAAAAGCUGCACUACGGAUGGGACAUUAUAUGAUGUUAAACUAGAAGUUAAAUCCAGCUACCGGCCGCAACACGUCCCUUUGGUUUCCCUUGUGAGUAAAGUGAAUAAUAAAGCAUUUAUCGGACACCCUUUGACAGUUGAGGUAUUGGAAGAAGGUCAUUGUGAUAAAAUGCUGAGCGGCAUCGGAGGUGACGAAGAAGAAGUUGGUGAUAUCUAUUGUGCAGUGAAGCCAAAACCAGUAACCAGAAGAAAACCUUCUAAGAAAUCGUCGCGUUUUUCGCGUAGGAAAUCUUCCAAGUCAAAGAAAUCCGGGCUGUUGAAUAAAAAAAUAAGGAAGCUGUCUUCAUUGACCGGUCACAGACAGUCAGAAGAAGAGAGAAAACCGGCCGUAGAUAAACUCAAAGGUCCUGUCAUUGCAUGUAUUCCUCUUACAGUAGUAUUCAGUAGGAUACACGAGGCAUUGAGCGGCCAGGCACGGUCGUCACAUCGUGCAGCAUCAGCAUCAAACCCAUGA